CUUGAUCCUGGGGAUGGGAAAGAUCAUGCUGUCUUGAAUUCCAGAAAGGACCUGAAAGAAGCCUUCAUCCAUUUCAUGCAGAAAGGGGCAGCUGCUGAGCGCUUCUUCAGUGAUGCGGAGACCUUCGAUCACAUUGCACGAGCAGCGUCAGAGUACCCUGGGGCACAGCUCUAUGUGGGAGGAAAUGCUGCCCUAAUUGGUCAGAAACUUGCAAGAAAUCCAAACCUGAAGAUCCUUCUUUGUGGUCCAGUUGGUCCUAAACUCCAUGAACUACUUGAUGAUAAUGUAAUUGUCCCACCAGAAUCUAUGCAGGAAACUGAUGAAUUCCACCUUAUCUUGGAGUAUCAAGCAGGUGAAGAAUGGGGACAGUUGAGAGCUCCCAAUGCAAACCGCUUUAUUUUCUCCCAUGACCUAUCAAAUGGAGCCAUGAACAUGCUGGAGGUGUUUGUGUCCAGCCUGGAUGAGUUUCAGCCAGACCUUGUAGUGCUCUCAGGGCUUCACAUGAUGGAAGGGCAGAGCAGGGAAGUGCGUGAGAAGAGACUUCUGGAGGCUGUGACUUCCAUCUCUGAUAUCCCCACUGAUAUCCCCAUACAUCUGGAAUUGGCCAGUAUGACUGACCAGGAUCUCAUGAGCAAGAUUAUGAAUCAGCAGGUCUUCCCCCUGGUGAACUCUGUCGGGCUAAAUGAACAGGAGCUGCUGUUCCUCACCCAGUCAGCCUCUGGUCCUCAUGCCUCCCUUGGUUCCUGGAAUGGAGUUCCAGAUGUGGGCAUUGUCAGUGACAUCCUUUUCUGGAUCCUGAAGAAGCAUGGAAGGAACAUGGACAAGGCAUCUGAUCUUACCCGCAUCCACUUCCACACACUGGCCUAUCACAUUCUGGUUACAGUGGAUGGGUAUUGGGGCAACCAGAUAGCUGCUGUGGCUGCUGGAGCCAGAGUGGCAGGGACACAGGCUUGUGCAACUGAAACCAUUGUUACUGACAGAGUCUUUCUUAAAGCUCCCUUGGAGUUUGUGACCUCCCGUACAGAGGCACCCUCCAAAAUCUCUUUAAAUCCAGGUGAUCCAGUGGCACACUGGCACAGAGAGGGAAUCUCAUUCCAUUUCACCCCUGUUUUGGUGUGUAAAGAUCCCAUCCGGACCGUGGGACUUGGAGAUGCUAUUUCAGCUGAAGGACUCCUAUAUUCAGAACUAUACCCUCAGUAGGCUAUGGAAACGAGACGCCUUUUUCUCCAAGAAUAUAGCGUCUGAGGAAAUAUGGUGUUCUCAAGGGGAUUUCAGACAGUAAGGUGGGGGGUGGAAUUUGGGAUAUUAAACAGUCUCUGGAUAUUAUCUGAGAAGAGCCAAAGAAUAUAUUCUAACCACUUGGCAGUGACUUGAGAGUGUUUCUCAUGUAAAUGUAAAAGUUGUAGGAUUUUAAUUCAGAGACUGGCUUUUUGUCUUUGUCUUAAGCAUGUCGGGAGGAGGGAAACUGAUACCAAAAUCCCUGUUUGGAACAGAGUUGCUGAUUGUUAAUUUAAGCCAGUCAUGUCUAUAGUGCUUGAAAGCAAGGCAGCCAGACAGAAUUUCAUGCUUAUGAAUCCCAGGGAGUACACAGCAGUCCUCAGCCCUGUCUUGCUUCUGAUAAAGCAAAAAUAAAAGGCUCUUGCAUUAUCUCCUAGCAGCAUAUUGCUACAUGGCAAGAACAACCCUUCCACUUGCUCAGUAUUGUGAUCAUAUCGCUUAUUGACAAAAUUACCUCUCAACCUCAGCACCCCAAGCAUAGGAGGGAGCCAGAGUGUAAACAGCUGAAAUGUGAUACGUACUGUACAUAUUCCCUAACUGCACAGAGCUGGAGAGAGCUUUACUGGAAGCUCUGUAAAUUGUUUUAGGUAUCUGUGUAGCUGGGGAUGAAAGACUGAACACACACAAGCUCCUUUUUAAUUUCUGGGUAGGUCAGAGUAAGAUACUGAAGACCUGUCUUUUGGGAGAUAGCUUAGGUGCUUGUUUACCUUAAAAUGAGCCUCAAAUCUAAAUGUGGCUUAGUUGCACAGAAAUCGCCUGUGUUUCAGCUAGUGAGGCUCACCAUUUAUUCUUUCCUUUGUGGUGUAUGCUCAUGUCAGCCUCAUCCUCCAGUUUAUGGAUAGGCUAUUGCUGAUGAAGACUUGAUUUAUUUUUAUGCUAGUGCUGUUGCAUAAUUUUCUUGGACCUGCAUAUCUUUGAUUUGGAGGGGUCUUGUUCUUUCAGGUGGUCUCUGGCUAGGUAAGUCAUUACUGGUUUUAAGGUAGCUGAACUGACUUGUCCUUCACAUGCUAGAAAUCCUCUUCCGGUACUAGUGAGAAAUGCUAGGAAGAUGACUUCCAGUUGAGAUUGGAAGUAUGUUUGGUGUGUGUAGCACAGUUUAUUUAUUAUGAAUUGCCUAUCGCCAUAUAAUUCCACUGCUUUAGGCAACCUCACAGGAACAGAGCAUGCGCAUCUUACUGUCAGCACAACAAGAAAAUUGCCUUGUAUUGUAGCAUAUAUUUAGCUUAGCAUUUUUUUUUUUAUUACACAUGUUGUUUAGAGAAUCAUUUUUCUCUUGGUAGCACUUGUGUUGCCUGCUUCCCUUUGAGAAUUAGCUGAAACUGUAAGCCAACGCUUGCACAGAAGCAAAAUACAAGUCUACUUCAGUGUUGAUUGAAAACUCAAUAUGACUGGCAUGUCUAUGUAAUCCAGUUUCUUUCCCCACUAUAGGUAUGUAAGACUCACAACUGCAGACGUUCUGCAUUCAGGAACGGAUUUGUUAAGUUUAAAAAUGCUGGACUCCAAAAAUUUUGGUAAAGGUACAAACAAUGAUUAUACCAAGUAGCUGCAAAAUUUGCUGUGUGUGGAGUCUGAGGAAACUAUGAUAGGAAGAGGAUGUUUUUAGUUGCCAUAUGAAUGAAAAGUGAAACAGAUUGCUGCACUCAGAAGCAGCUUUAAUGAGAGACAUUUUCUUAAGGGAAAAGGCGGUCUCUCUCUCUCUGUCCUUAAUCUAUCCAAAUCAUUGGACAGAAUUCUACUCUUACAAACCACAAUCUGUUCAGCUUGGCCAUGCAUUCAUCUCAAUUAUUUAGGCCUACCACAAACAUCAUCAAGAAAACCAGAGUAUCUGUAGUAUCUAAUGGAGACAGGUUAGGACUUGAAUCUUUCAAUUGUACCCUGCAGCAUAAAGCUUGGUACAACUGAACAAUUAAAAAUCCAUCUGUAACAGUUACUCUCCAAGCCAUGUCUCCUGUGUGGCACAGUAGAUCUAAGGUUUGUAGCAAGGACCCUAGAGUCAUGUAGCCCUGUGGGAACUGUAUAAGUCAGCAGUUCACCUAUUGGGGCCAAGUCUGUAAAAGCAUCCCUGUCCUGUAAGGGGACCAGAUUGAAUUUCUUAGAGUGAAUCUACCUGAUAUAAUUGGCUGUAGUUGUGGUUGGUUGAAUCUGGCACCGCAAACCUCUUCCCACAUAUUGUAAAACUAGCAGAAGGUGGCUAAUGCCAGUCUCUCAUCAUGCUGGUAUUGCUGUCUGUGGAGUUUUCCUGUAGGGAAAACCAGAGGACUGAUGUAACAUGGACUUGUGGGUGUCACACAUUUAAAAUCAGAUAAGCCUCAGAGGGUGCUGUGUGAGGGUAUAAAUUAGGAACUGUUGCAUGCCUUCCCGACACCACACAAAAUGGUGUCCAGUCCACCUGUAACUACUGUUGGCUUGUGGAUUCAAGAUAAUCAUGAUGGUCCCUAUGGGCUUUAAAGUCUGAGUCUCUUCUGCAUCACCAGGGCAAGAGGAAGGAACCAGCCCUGUAGCGCACAUCCUACAGUUAGUGUCUCAUUCUAGCUUUGCCUUGGGGUUUGAUAUUCAUUUCAGUCAGGGGACUUGAAUAAGAAUUCAUUGAUAUCCAAACUCCUCCUCCUUCAGUAAGUUGUAUCUUUAGUUUUGAAGGACAGUGUUUUACCAUUUUUGUAAAAAAGGCCAAUUUGCUUCUUUGACUAACUGGUCUGAGGCAGCUGCCAUUAGGAUAAAUGUACAUUGUUGUGCAACCUUUGUGAACAUAGACUGCGGGCACCAAAGCAGUAGCACUACCAAAGACCAUGCAUCCUGCCAAUUUAGGAAUUAAUCCUUUGCUUAUGGCAGGUGCAAAUUUAUUCAAAGCCAGCAAAGUAUGUGGAUUUUUGACCUCGAGACAAAAGAAAAAUAUGUACAGGCUGUUGGUUACAGAGCAAGCCUGACUGCUGUGAUAUUUUACACAUUUCUUCCAAAAAAAGUGUCAAGACCUUAGAUUUUCAGGACAAAACCUAAGAUUGCAUGGGCAUAGGGCAGAGUACAUUAAAAUCCUGGAGUUUUAAAAAUAUUUUCAAAAAAUAAAUCUUAACUUAGCUAUUUUGACUAACCCCAUUAAAUAGGCCGCUCCCAUAGAUCAAAACGAACACUUAAAAUUCUACCCAUCUUAAAGACCCAGGAUCUGAUUUUCUUCCCAUUCAGAUGAGUUUUACACUAGUUAUACUAGAGAUACCAUAGAGAUACUACUGACUUACACCCAAUAGGAUCUGAAUUUGAAUUCAUUUUAAUUUAGAAACAAAACCCUGAAAAAUGAUAAACUAGGGAGUAAAAAGUAAAGUUUGUUAGUAAGGUUCUCUGAUCCACUAAUAUUUCUUCCUGGGCUUUCUUGUGACCUGGCAUAACUGUUACAACUUUAAUAUGUGCUUUGAGUUAGACCAGCUUAUGAUGGAACUGAUGGUGCUCUUGCCAUAUUAUGAAGCAGCCACAUGAUACUUUAAGGUUAGGCAGUUUAAAUUAAUCUCACGGGUUCACAGUUACCAAAUUUGCUUAGUGAGAAUAAUCCUUAAUCAGUAUGACUUAAUGGUUGAUAAAUGUUGCCACUAUCUUCCUGGCUACCUGUUGAAAGAGCCCACACAAUAACCAGCUGAAACUGGAAGGCAGCAUCCUGCAGUUCCUCACUCCAGCUCCACUUAACUCAAAUGUGGUUUUCCAGGCUAAACAAUGGAAUACACAAAACAUGAGUUUCACCCAGAACAUUUCUCAUACAUUUGUAGGGCACUGUAUGUCUAUGAGGGUCUCCUUCCUAUAUCUGAUAGCAAUCGUGCCAGCUCAUCACCACUACUUGGUAUUUUGAACUGCUUUUGUUGAGUAAUAGAAGUGGAAAAAUUACUCUAGCUAUUCCAAAUGCUGUUAUUUCAGUUAUCCCAGCUGCAAUGUCAUUAUUGCCAGCUCUAACUUAUACUCAUCAAAGUUGUCUUAUUGCUUUGAAACUUUGAGCUAGAAAAUGAAUCAGCAGAUUUAAAAGCUGGUUUUCUUUAUGAGCAUUAAAAAAAAAAAAAAAUCCCCUAAACCGUAGCUUCAUUUUUGUAGAAGAUUAAGCCCUGUAUUGUGGGCAUGUGAAUGAAUGUUAGCCAAAUGGGCUGUAAAAAAAAAGAAAUCCAGUACUUGUUUCACUUUUGUGAAGGGAAGGCUGGAGUAUCAAAUAUGCUUUAAAAUAAUUUUGAAACUGUUCACACCUGCAUUUCUCUCUCUUCUCUAUAUUGCUAUGAAUCAUGCCAUGAAACCCACAUAGGUAGAUGAUCCAAACCUUGAUUAGCAUUAGGCUCCUGAGCAGGACUUUCCCAGAUGUUCUGUAGGCUAGGCAGUGUCUUACCUUCCAACUGCUACUGACAAUACUUGACCUCAACAGCAUGGCAUUAAGCCAGCAGGCCUGUGGCUGUUAGUUGCUGGUUAAGGGCAAGUGCGUUUGUGAUAUGUUCAUUUCUAUGCACAGAACUUGCUCAACUAUACAGCUGCAAAAUUUACCCUUAUCCUUUCUUAAAUUUGAUCAAAACAAUCCAUCAUUUAAACCUUGCUUUAAACUGUUUAAAAUAAAGUCUGGCAAAAAUAGCCUGUGGAUCAGUGCAGGGCAGAUAGCCCUUGAAGUUGCUUCACAGUGGCCUUGGUGCUGUGAUCCCUGCCCUACAAGGAUAGAGCUGAUUCCAGACUCAGCCAUUUAAAUUCUAGGGCUCCAUUUUUAAGGGCUGUUUUCUUGCCACAUGAGUGUCACUAAACGAUUUACUUUUCUUCCUGUGUCUCAGCUCUUUCCCUGUGCAAUGUGGGAAAGCUAGCUAGGUCCACUUUUCACUUGGUAGGCCUUUCUUUUAAAAGGAAGGGGGGGAGGGGAAAGCAGGUCCUGAAAUUGUCCUAUCAUUUACCUUAGCUUUUAGUACCUCUCAAUAGAGACUGCAUCAGCUGAUGGAACCUAGUCUGCUGAUUUCACUCAGCUGCAGUUAUGGAGAUGCCAAUUCUGUGUCUCUGUAGACACCUGUGGCCUUUUUGUAACACUUAAUGUGGUGCAACCUGUGGCAUGUGGGUUUGUCUCGCUCUCUCAAGAAAGUUAUUUUAAGAAUGGUUAAGAAUUUUAAGGUAUAGGCUGCUGGUUCUGGCAUGUGCAACACUGAAAUACAAGGCAUUAUAAGCAAAAUAAAAGGUACGUCCUAUGUUAGACUGUGAAAUCCAUUGGUAAUGGCUGUGCUCUGCCUUGGUGAUUUACAUGUUUUAAUUAUGUAUUCAACUUUCAGGAACAACUGAGUAAUUAUUUGCCACAGGCAGUUUUCAAUAAUUUUCUGAAAUAUGGUGGUGGCAAUUGGGAACAGACUCUUGAGAGAAUGGCAAAAGCAUAGCAUAACCCAGUCUGAUUACAUUAGUAAUCUGUACCAAUUUCUGCAUAUUUUUUUCUCAGCGCUUAUUAGCUGGGAAAAGAACACUAUUCAUUUGUAGAUAUCCUAUUGGUUCUUUGCAUUAAUCUUGAGAUAUCUGGCAUAGGUGCUGGUAUACAUGCAUAGACCAAAUUAUUUUAAAGUGGUACUGUCAAGUACUUCUGGCCCAAAACCAAGCCAUUGGAGGAGGGCGGUAGGGGUGUUGCUUCUGUUUUAGAAUAUAGGUAUCUACUUACUAGCUAAUAUAAUACAGUGUUAUUAGAAUGUAGUCUACUGAAAAGCAUGAAAAACACACAUGCAGCAGUUGUACUCAGUCUGGAUACUGCACCAAGCAGUUAUCAGCAAUAAGAAAUGGCUGAGCAAGCCAGAGGAACUGUUGCCUCUCAAAGCAGAUCCACUGCCUUUAUUUUCCUUUGCACUGGGUGAGACUUACUGUUUACAACCCUUUGUCAUUCACCAGACAACUAAAGCAGUGGCUACAACAAAGUACUGUAUUUGAAUGACAGAUGUGAGAAUACAGCAGAGAGAUUACUAAAUAGAUGAGACAAGCCCCCUUCCAGCUCUGAGUGAGGUUGGGAAGUCUAAACUGGAUAUAUGAAUGGAGUUGGAUCUCUUCUUGCUGCCUUCUCUCUUUUCUUAAUAGAAUAUACACACACACAGGGGCUUGGCUGAAUUUGAUUUUUUUAUAGUUAGAUACUGAUUCUAAAAGGUUUUUUUGGAUUAUUAAUUUAAAUUUUCAUAGUUGUGGGAAAUUAUUGGGGGUCAGAGUAAUAAUUUAAUGACAAUAUUAAUAUUAAUUAAUGAGAUUCAAAACAUUGGUUACCUAAAUGGCACUAAUGCAAGCAAUACAAUACGUUUUAUACACAUUAAGAUGGUUUUACUUGGGCUAUCUACAUUUCGAUCAUCAUAGCUGGAAUUACUUUUUCAUAGGUUUCUGUGUGUACAGUGAGAUCACUAAGACUAAUCUUUCCAAGCCUAAAUACAUACGUGGGGCUGGUGCCGUCUACAUUGGGUUUAUAACAGGAAUGUUCUCAAACUACAUAAGAACAGCCAUCCUGGGUCAGACCAAAAGUCCAUCUAGCCCAGUAUCCUGUCUUCUGACAGUGGCCAGUGCCAGGUGCUUCAAAGGGAAUGAACACAACAGGCAAUUGUUGAGUGAUCCAUCCCCUGUUGUCCACUCCCAGCUUCUGGUGAACUGAGGCUAGGGACACUCAAAGCAUGGUGUUGCAUCCGUGCCCAUCCUAGCAAAUAGCCAUUGAUCGACCUGUUCUCCAUGAAUUUAUCUAGUUUCUUUUUUUAACCCUGUUGUAGUCUUGGCCUUCACAACAUCCUCUGGUAAGGAGUUCCACAGUUUGAUUGCGUUGUGCGAAAAAAUGCUUCCUUUUGUUUAAAACCUGCUGCCUAUUAAUUGACCCCUAGUUCUUGUGUUAUGAGGAGUAAAUAACACUUCCUUAUUUACUUUCUCCACACCAGUCAUGAUUUUAUAGACCUCUAUCAUAUACCCCCUUAGUCAUCUCUUUUCCAAGCUGAAAAAUCCAAGUCUUAUUAAUCUCUCCUCCUAUGGAAGCCGUUCCAUACCCCUAAUCAUUUUUGUUGUCCUUUUCUGAACCUUUUCCAAUUCCAAUAUAUCUUUUUUGAGAUGGGCCGACCACAUCUGCACACAGUAUUCAAGAUGUGAGCAUACCAUGAAUUUAUAUAGAGGCAAUAUGAUAUUUUCUGUCUUAUUAUCUAUCCCGUUCUUAAUGAUUCCCAAUGUUCUGUUCACCUUUUUGACUGCUGCAGCACAUUGAGUGGAUGUUUUCAAAGAACGAUCUACAAUGACUCCAAGAUUUCUUUGAGUGGUAACAGCUAAUUUAGACCCCAUCAUUUUAUAUGUAUAGUUGGGAUUAUGUUUUCCAAUGUGCAUUACUUUGCAUUUAUCAGCAUUGAAUUUCAUCUGCCAUUUUGUUGCCCAGGCACCCAGUUUUAUGUUCUAAUGAAGUUUCUUGCAUAAUAGCUCAAAUAGGAUAUAACCUUUGACCAGACUGAAAUCUCAGGGAAUUGUGGGAUGUCAGACUUCUGUCUGUUGGGUUUCCCUGAGCAAAAGGAACAAACAGGUUGGCUAUUGUAUACACAGCAUCUGCUAUCUCAGAACCAGCAAUGGGAAAGGCAUAUAUGAAACCAGCUAUGACUUUUAAAACUUAAUCUGGUGUCAUCCUGCAUCGGGAAUGGCAUCUGAAGAACAAGCCGUGGCACCUAGGGGUGAAUGAGCUUGUUAAAAUGCAAGAGCCAAAAAGCUUCCUUAAGAACUUCUCAGGAAAGCUGCUGUUCGACAAUACAAACUACUGCAGGGAUUGGCAACCUUUGGCAUGUGGCUCACCAGGGAAAUCCGCUGGCAGGCCAGGACAGUUUGUUUACCUGCAGCGUCCGCAGGUUUGGCCGAUCGUAGCUCCCACUGGUCGCGGUUUGCUGUUCCAGGCCAAUGGGGGCUGCGGGAAGGGGCAGCCAGCACAUCCCUUGGCCCAUGCCGCUUCCUGCAGCCCCCAUUGGCCUGGAACAGCAAACCGUGGCCAGUGGGAACUGAGAUUGGCCGAACCUGUGGACACUGCAGGUAAACAACCCUUCCCGCCAGUAGAUUUCCACGACAGGCUGCGUGCCAAAGGUUGUUGAUCCCUGAACUAGCGUCUGAGCCUAUCUUUUUUCCACUGUAAAAUAUCUGUGAAGCACUGCCACGGGGAAAUUCUGUUUCUGUGCAGUUUGAUUUGUGGGAGGGGAGAACACAUGGGGGAAUCUUCCUUGAGGUAAAAUUAAUGUGUCUUUUCUAUUGUAAAUAUCCUGGGACGUGAAGUACUUUUUAUAUGCUAUGCUUUGAUUUUUGUAGUGCAUUUCUGUAUAGAGUUUGUCACACUAUUUUAGUAAAGCUUUUUUUCCCCAA